AUGGCUGGUGGAAAGUCCAAGGGCAAGGGAAAGCAAAGCGAGCCUUCGCGCGGGCACCACGAGCCGUCUCAAAAGCACCGAAGGGCCUCUCAAAAGGCCCACGCUCCCCAUGAGAACGAGACACGUUUCCCCUGCAAGAGCAACCACCGCGACUGCAAAUGGAGGAGCUCGGGGGACAUAGAAUGCGAUGACGGCCACCCCCGGGCGGUUUCCUGGCAGAAAUGCCGCAAGGAAGACGCCCGCGCGUUCCUCAGGCGAUACAGGGCUCCUCGGGGCGGGGACGAGACCCAGGAGGAGGCCGAGGCCGAGGCACCACCGCCCCAGACAGGCCAAGCAGCGGAGCCCCGACAGGCGGAGCAGGCCCACGAGACACAAGAAGAGGUGGCUGCUGGCCCGAGCUCGACACAAGCCCCCGCCGCCGAGGCUGCACAACCCGUGUCACAGCAGGAGGCAAGUACCAGUCGGGCCAACACAGUGCCUGGUCCGUUCGGCCAGCCUGUACCGGCCCCGGCCGCCCCUCUAACGGGGCAGCAUAUGCCCUUCGCUCAGAGGGUACCCGGCAACGAGGGCAUGGGGUAUACUACAGGCUCGCAAAGCAUGGCAGGAGUUCCUGGCCCUCGGAACACAGGAUAUCCUCAGAACACUCCAUUCGGUGGGGGGUACGGAGGAGGCCAAAACAUGGCCCCUGCGGGAGGCUACGGAGGCGAAUACGACAUGCCCUUUCCGCAAGACUAUGGUGAGGGGGAGCACAUCCCAUUUCCCGAGGACAUGCCUUUUGGUGAGGACUAUGGUGAGUAUGGGGAGGUUCCUAUGGCCGGCGAGCCUGUGGGCAGUGGAGGGGAUCUCGGACCGCAGAGCAGCAGCACCGUGGUCGCGCCCGUCGAGGCUCGGGCGAAGUGGGUGGCCACACGCCCUGAGAACCUCUACCACUCGGAGGAGAUGGAUGGCGUGGCGAGGGACCGGCCUUACACAGCCUUCCGGUCGGUGUGGACUGCAACGAAUUAUUCCAAGUCCUGA